AUGAAAUGCGUGCGCGUUGGCGAGUCGGCUUGUACGCGCUGUCAACGUGCCAAGCGCAGUUGCUCAGCAAGACUGCCGCCAUAUCCUGACGAAUUCGAACUUGUUGUCAAGACACCCAAGAACUUUAAUGCUCCAAAGCAACCCCGGACAUCCAAAGACGUUUGCCGCCGGCGGUUUAAAAGCAGACAUCACAAUAGGAGAAUUGCUCCUGCUAACUGCGAUGGACAUGCCGUUAUUUUGAAGCACGACAGAAGGCUCAUCGAUGACCUCCCGUCUAUCUAUUUAACCGCUCCUAUCUUGGCAGUUUUGGGCGAUAAUGUUGUGAAUGAUGCUUUGGAUAUUGAUUCACAUUCAAUUUAUAGCUCGGCAACCUCCCUCAGCAUAUGCUCAAGCCCUAUACUGUCUGAUGGAAAUGAUUCACCACUGUCAAGGGCAGAAAUGAGACAGCUUUUAAAGAUAUUCUGUUCUCGGUUGCUAUCGUCUAUACCCGUCUUCACCAAAGACGACUUCAAAAACCCAGAUGUCAUAAUCGAACAGCAGCCAGAUUUAAUCCAUGCAAUAUGCUACGUCACCGCGAGAUAUCUACCGGGAGGUUUAUCAACUGUGCGGCUAAUUUAUCCUAAAGUCUUGAAAUUUGUUCAAGACAAGUCUGCUGGCUCUGUAUGGCCUGGAACAGCAGACAUAACAAGCUUUAGGGCACUCGUGGUCCUUUAUGCGUUCUCAGAAAUUGCUCUGCCCAACAUCGAGUCUCCGCAUUCUCCCUAUAUACUACCAACGCAGCUCCUUAAAACAGUGACAGAGAUUUACGGAACCCAGCUGGGACUCCACAGAUCUAUUGACGGCGCCAGAGCCAUGCUGAGCCUACCUCAUGACCAGUGGCUGUCCAGCGCUAGCUAUAAGCGAUAUACAUAUUCGCUAUGGCUAUUCACAAUGUCUCAUCAAACGCCGCCUAGCAUUCGAAGCGAUAAUUCGAUACGGUCGGCCCCAGAGUUGUUUGCGGGCAUUAACAUCGAGCCUCGUAUGCGUCGACUGCUAGGCGAAGUGGAGCUAUGUCUACUAUGGGAAAAGGCAAAUGCUGUUGAUUCAACUUUCGGCGAAUGGUGGUGUCCAUCGGAGCAAGCUGGCCCAGCCUGUCCUUCACCGUCAGCCGUAGUGGACAUUGUUACGCGUGAUUUGACCGCCUGGAGAGCCAAAUACGCUUCUUUCAUUGAGCAUGGCGGAUUUGGCAUUGGACUCGAUUUUCAUUAUCGAGACUCUCAGUUUUGUCUCAGUACCUACGCCGUUUGUCACUAUACACAUGUCAGUGAUAUUGACAAGCGAGACCUAUUGGUAAGAACAACGCUAGAUCACGCUGUCGGUAUGCUCUCUUGGCUCCAAAAAUUGAGUCCUGUGGUUCGAGAGAGUCUUCGGUACAUUAGUGAUUUCGCAUUUGUCAUGGUUCUCUAUGCAUGUAUGUUUAUUCUGCAAGCCUGCGAAUCGCGGCACAUGCUCUCCGAGCAGAGAUGUAAAAAUUUGAAGACAGUGGCGACAACGGCUCAGCUCUUGGUUGAUCUGGGCAUUCACUCGUUACACUUUCCAUCGAUUUAUGGGAAAUUGUUACAGACGCAGCUGGGGAAUCUACAACCAAAUGUGUGUGAUGGUGUAAAAGCAGAUUUACAGCCCAAGAGCAACUCGCCAGAAACACCCGUCACCAUUUGGACAGAGUAUUCUAAUAUCAAGGGAGAUGACUGGUACCAGGACGAUUUUGGAAGCCAGGGGGAUUUGUUUGGCGAAAUGUUAAAUCUGCCUCGGCUUGAUUGGUUUGAAGCAUUGGAAUGA